AUGAUCGCAUCUAAAUCUAAGGUAGCACCACUGGUUUCAUGCAGCAUACCACGACUGGAGCUGAUGGGGGCGAUCGUUGGAUUGCGACUGACAAAUACAAUUUGCUUAGUUUUGGAUAUCCCAUUGAAAGAUGUCACUUACUGGACCGAUAGCCUCAAUACAUUAUGGUGCAUUAGAGGUCGCAGUCGUGAAUUUAAGCCGUUUGUAGCGAAUCGGAUUGGUGAAAUCCAUCGGCAGAGCAACCCGGACCAGUGGCGACAUGUGCCGACUAAAGACAAUCCAGCUGAUAUCCUUUCAAGAGGUGCCAAAGUUCAGGACAUGAAUGAUAGCCUUUGGUGGAGUGGCCCAGAGUUUCUGGUGAAGGAGAAAGCUGACUGGCCGAUCAACCGCUGUGAAAGCAAGAACAUCGAUAAGAGUGAAAUGAAGAAGGGAGAAAGGACCCUGGUCACGGUGCCAUUGAAUGAACAGCAGGAUGAUGAAACCAUAGUCCCAGAAUGGCGUCUCGAUCCAUUGCGUUAUUCAAGUUGGCACCGGUGUAAUGUUUUUGAGUGUUUCCCCUCAUUGUUUGGGAACGUUUAA